AUCAACUCUGACGGGUCACGUUAGCAGAGUGGGCCGGUCUGCCUGGACGCGCGGAGCUCUCUUCCGACCACUUUUCGUUUGGCUUCCACGUAUCUUUGACGGUUCGUCAGCUAAACAAACAUCAAAUAGUGGCAACGAGCGUUGUUUUACAAACGACACAAUCCCGGUGCUAAGUGAGUGAUCGCUAAACCGGGGCUCGCCGCCUGCUUGGACGCCGAGGAUCUGGCUCAUCCCGGGGCUUGGACGACGAGAGGCUCCUGUGUGUGGAAGGUGCGCUGGGGUGUGCGGAUGAUAUGGAAAAGAAAUAGUUGAGUUUGGACCCAGUUGAAGUCAUGGAUCUGAGUUGGAGAAACUACUUUGAGGAGGAGCUUCUAUGUCCCAUCUGCCUGAAUGUGUUCGAGGAGCCCAUCCAACUGCAAUGCAAACACAACUUCUGCAAAGGCUGCAUAUCAGAGGCGUGGGCUAAAGAUAGCGGCACAGGGGUCCGCUGUCCCGAGUGCAAUCACGAGUACGAGCAGAAACCUUUACUGGAAAAGAACUUCAAGCUGGCCAACAUCGUCAAGAGGUUCAACGUGUUGGACUCUGAGAAGGCCCCGGCAACUUUGCAGUGCAUCCUGUGCAGACGAGGCCCGUCGCUGCCCGUCAGGAAGGUGUGCCUACGCUGCAAGGAGCCCUGCUGCCAGAUGCACGUGCACACGCACCUGCAGCAGCCAUGCGCAGCGCCGGGUCACCUGUUGGUGGAUGCCGAGGAGUUGAGCGCCUGGACAUGUCCCAGUCACGAUGAGUACAGGCUGCUCCAUUGUGAGGAGGAGCAGGUGGCUCUCUGUGCCUUCUGCUGCAUCUCACACUGCACCGGCAAAAGACACACAGUCUGUGAUGUGGACACACAACGCAUGCAGAUGCAGGCCGUGCUAAUGAGGCAGCAAGACAGACUGGAGGGUCGUGUUCAGAACAUCGAUGAGCACAUUACCAAGCUGGAGUCUGACAAGACGCUGAUGAAGGAUGCAGUGUCAGAACUGAAGGAGCAAGUUCGGGACCAGUACCAAAGGAUGCAUGCCUUGCUUGAAGCCAAACAGUGUGAAACUAUGCAGAUGUUGGAGAGAGCCUGCAGCUCGUACGCAAGGAAACACUCCCAGCAGGUUUUACAGCUCAGUGAGAGGCGGCAACAAGCAGAAAAACUCCUGAGUUCGGUGCAAGCCUUUUUUCAAAGAGCAGACAACAUCAACUUCAUGAAGAACACAAAACCUUACCAACUACUAAUGGACAGGUCCAAUUUACAGCUGAGCAGUGCCAUGCCUCCACUCGCAAUGGGCCAAAUCAACUCUCAUCAUUUAUUCUCAGGCCUCUCAACACAGGAGAAGAAUUUGCGCAAAAUACUAGAAGAACCUGUCAAUGAGGCAUCCAUUCUUGAGAUAGUUCCGACACACCUCAGCUCUGUUGGCGCCCGCUCAGGACUCAAUAAGAGGAAAUAUGGCAUGGCUUUCGUGGAGAGUAACACGGAAAACUCCACAACCCAGCAUCCUCCGCCUUUGCUCUACAGCAACAAAAAGCCUCUUUUGUCUGAACACAGCCAGCGCAACUCAAACAUGUUCCCGUCUGAAGGCCAAGGCCACGGUCGCUUCCUGGAUGGUUCGGCCCAACACUCAGGGACAGUUUUCCCGGCACACCUCCGGGGUGGGGGCACGUCCCAACAGGCCGUAUACGAGGGGAGGAAAGUCCUGAUGUGCACUCUGAACAACUGCUGCUGCUCCAGGCCUGCAGCUGCUCGAUCCCACUCCCACUACCCAACACACGACUCCUUUGCCCCCAUUGCGUCUCAGGAGUUUGGCACCCUCCCUGCCAGCCAGCCCCUGCAGCAUUUAUCCAUGAGACACCCUGACUAUUAUGGGCUGUAUAGCCAGUCUUCAACCAAGCAUUACGGGACCAAGUAACAAUCUCACUAUUAACACCGCCUUUAUUGACAUCAUCACUUUGGAUUCAAAAUGCACUCACUGCACAAUUUAUUAAGGUCCGACACAAGAGCUCCUUUUACUUAGCUCAUAUAUUGAAUCAGAUUGUACAAAUGUACCUAAUGAAGUGGUCUGCAAAUAUGUCCUAUUCCCAUCUACAGCUCACUUGGACAACAUGCCUGGAAAUAAUAAUGCAGAUAAUAUAGUCUUAAAUCAAUAGAAUCUAUCAUCUGUAUCGUAAAGAAAAUACAUUUUCCCCCAAAAAGGACUAAAGAGACAUCAGUGCCUAAAAAGACUUCUCUGCUCUUAUUUUGACUUAUUUCCUGUUUGCUGCUGAAGGCAUGCAAGGAAACUCAUAUGCACUCCAAAGUCCACGUGGCUUUAAACAAACACUGGACUACACAUGCUUGUCAAUAUUUUACUAAAUUUGUAAAGGUUUUAAUAAACCACAAAAACAGUGAAAAUAUGAAAUCAACUCUGUAUUGAUUUGAUUCCUUAUAGUGUUUCAUCAACCUGAGUUACAGUAUCUCAUAAAAGUGAGUACACCCUUUACAUUUCAACAAGUAUUUUUAUUACAGUGUCUUCUCAAGGCACAUCACUAUAGAAAUGAAACGUUAAUAUACUUUAAAGUAGCCAGUGUACAGCUUGUAUAGCGGUAUAUAUUUACAAUUAGGGAUGGGUAUAGAAUUACGGCGGUACUACCGAGUACUGAUUCAUGUAAAAUCAAGAAGCGGUACCAUGUUUCGGUACCUCCACAGGGGAGGCUGCCCCGUUAUUUGAGAAGCGCUGCUUUAAGUAGAUGGUGUUCGCUUUUUUAAAGAUUGGAUUAACAUACAAUAUACAUUACAGGUUAUAUACUGUAUCAAGAAACCUGUCCAUCCAUUUUCUAUACCGCUUGUCUUCACUUGGUUCGCGGGUAUGCCAGAGCCUAUCCCAGCUGUCUUCAGGCGAGCAGCGGGGUACACCCUAGACUGGUUGCCAGCCAAUCACAGGGCACAUAUAGACAAACAACCAUUCACACUCACAUUUACACCUAUGGACAAUGUCGAGUGUCCAAUUAACCUAACAUGCAUAUUUUUUUGAAUGUAGGAGGAAGCCAGAGUACCCAGAGAGAACCCACGCAUGCACGAGGCGAACAUGCAAACUCCACACAGAGAUGGUCCACCAGCGAUAUGAACCUAUAACUAGAAAUAAGUACGUUAAAUAAAAAAAUAUAAACACACACAAAAGUACUGCAAAUUGGUACUGCUGAGUAUCAACACUGAUCCCCAGGUACCAGUCAUCUGUACCAUAACACGUCAAAUGUGAAUGGUAUCCAUCCCUAUUUACUAUCCACUGAAAAUAAGUCAACACACAGUCAUUAUUCUGUAAAUAACUGGCAACACAAGUGAGUACCAUGAAAAUGAUGUCUUGCUGACAGUCGAGCAUGGUGGUGGUAGCGUCAUGGUCUGAGGCUACUGGCAUCAGUUCACAUGAAGUCCAACAUGUACUGUGUGACACUGUGAAGUUGCGCAUGAAGCCCUCCUUUGGGAAACUGGGAUGCAUGGCGGUUUCACCAACAGAACAAGCCCAAACACCUCCAAAAUGACGAGUGCCUUGCCGAGGAAGCUGAAGAUGAAAGUGAUGCAGUGGCAAAAGUAUCUCUCCAGACCUAAACACAAGUGAACACCUGUGGGGUAUCCUCAAGCAGAAGGAAGGGAGGUGGAGGAGUGCAAGGUGUCUAACAUCCACCAGCUCCACCAGUGCUGUCAUCAUGGAAGCUGAGAGAAGAUUCCAGUACCAGCCUGUGCAGCUCUGGUGAAUUCCAUGCGCGAGAGGUUUAAGGCAGUGCUAGAUAACAGUGGUGCUCACACUAAAUGGACACAAUUUGGAAGUGUUAUAUUUCUACACUAUGAUUUAAUGAGUACAUAAUAAAAUGGUGGCUGAAAUGAGAGGCAUGUUCUCACUUUUGUGACAAUAUUUAACAAAGCACAAGCACAGUUUUGACGUGGUAGGCAACACAUUAGAAAUUCCACACUGAAACAUUUAAGCACCUUGUGACCCUAGUGAGGACAAGCGGCACAGAAUUAAUGAACGUUUAAGUAAAAAAACUAAAACUACAAUCCUAGUCAGUUCCACUUUCUUAUCCACAUCCUACUCUCUGGCAAAACCAUCCCUCUUUGUCUCAUUAUUGGAGCUGCUUGUCAAGUUAUGUCGGAGGGUGGGAAUAACUGAUGAGAUGUACAGACCCCACAAACCCAACCCUCCACCGUCUCUCCCGGGGUAUCAUUUACCAGGGCUCACUGCUGGAAGAGGAGGAGGGGCAGAGCGCCGGUUGAUCUAGGCGUAGACUUUUUAAUGAGGGCUGCAAUAGUACACUCAUCUACUUAUCUGUCACUCACACUCCUUUCAUCAUCACCCCACCAUACAGUGAUGGGGGCGGGGUGGAGGACCACAAGAGGGGAGGAGGAAAAGAGUGACGAGAGCAUGAGACACCCAUCACUAAUUUAUGGGUUCUAAAAUGUUCUUUUUCACCAUUUAAU